CCGAGCGAGUCAGACAGUCGUUGGGUUUUGCCUGUGGUGCUAGUCAGCAACAACCAGCCGCAUGAAUGUAGAUCCGCAUGGGCUACUACUACUCUUUCUCUACAAAUAACCCAGCGGAAUCAUAAGAUAAGGAUCCCAGGAUGGUCUUAGUGCAUGUCGGAUAUCUGGUUCUUCCUGUAUUCGGCUCAGUAAGAAACAGAGGAUCCCAUUUCAACCGGCAACAGCAGCAGCAGCAGCAGCACAGCCAUGCUACCUCUUGCCGGCACUUCCAGUUAGGUCCUCAGGCCCCGCUGCCCAUGGACUUCCCCAUGCCCCACCCAGGGCAGCCGCAGUCAGGCAUUAACCCCCACCUGGCCCCCCCCGGCCACCAGCAUGGCCCUCCGCUCCACCCGCCCCUCAACGCCCUGCCAGCCCCCCAGUUCCAGGACAUCCCCGCCCCUCCCUUCCUACCUCAGGCAUUACACCAGCAAUACCUCCUCCAGCAGCAGAUCCUCGAGGCCCAGCACCGACACAUCCUGCCUCCCUCCAGACGCACCCCAGAGAGAGUUCCUCACCAGCCCCACAGACUGCGGCCCAGCUAUGAGUUUGCUCCCCCUCUUCAUGUCCCUCCUCAGCCUGUGGUGCAGCAGCCCCGCUACCUGGCUGAGGGCACAGACUGGGAUCUAAGUGUCGAUGCUGGGUUGCCCCCCCACCAGUAUCACAUCCACCCACUGCCGCAGCACUAUCAGCACUACUUGACCUCUCCCAGGAUGCACCAUUUCCCCAGAAACAACGCCUCAACACAAGUGGUUGUCCAUGAGAUCAGAAACUACCCAUAUCCCCAGCUGCACUUGCUGGCUCUGCAGAGUCUCAACCCCUCCCGCCACGCGUCUGCCGUUAGAGAGAGCUACGAGGAGCUUUUGCAGCUGGAGGACAGGCUGGGCAGUGUAAACCGGGGAGCAGUCCAAACCACCAUAGAGAGAUUCACCUUCCCCCAUAAGUACAAGAAGAGAAUACCCCAGGACCUGAAGAUGUGUCUGGAUGAUGAGGAGCUGGACACCGAUGAGAAGUGCACCAUCUGUUUGUCAAUGCUGGAGGAUAGCGAGGAUGUCAGGAGAUUACCCUGCAUGCACCUCUUCCACCAGGGGUGUGUGGACCAGUGGCUGGCCACCAGCAGGAAGUGCCCCAUCUGCAGAGUGGACAUUGAGACCCAACUGACCCCCGACAGUUGAUAGCUCCUGUUCGACUCCCGCAGCUUUCGAUCUGGUCUUGUUAAUUCUUCAUCGCGUCCCUCCGGGGGACGCUCUGCCAAACGCCCCUCUCUUCUCCUCUGCAUCACCCAACGAGCCUGCCUUCUGAGACAGCUGUGACAGAUGGAUCAACAAAGCACACUCACCUACAACACAGCGAGCGAUGGGGGGUUUGAUGCAUAGAUAGGUGGCUGGACUGAAGGUUGGUUUGAAUGGACUUGCUGGAUGUAAAAGGUAGGAGCGGACAUAUAUAUAUGGACAGAUGUGCUGAGACUUCACACACAGAUUCUGUCAGAUUGUGUACACUGUGUGCAUUUCUCCGUACAGCCAUCACGAGAGGACACUCUGACUACCAACCUCCCCAGCUCAGUGUGGCGUAUUAAGGCCAUUUCUCUGCCACUACAGCUAAACACCCCCCCUCCCCCCGGCCUGUGAAAAAAAAUCCUUUAAGCUGCACUCUGCCCAAGCUCUCAGCACAUCUGUACAGAACAUAAUCAAAUGAUUAGCAUGAGGUUGUUUGGUGUGAACUCUCGUAGCUGAACGCUUGUGGUGUAAUGGAGUAUAGUACUGAAUAAGUAUUUACAGAGUAACAGUGUUGUGUAGCAAGCAAAAGCCUUUUGAGAAAUAUGUUUGUGAAAAAUGAACCUACAGAGAGGUCAAAUACGGCUCAAAUAAGAGAACUUUCAGCGUGUUGAUUAAUCAUAGACAAUGAGGAAAGAGCUAGUUGUGUAAAAAAGGCCAAAAAUCCCUCUUUCUUGUCUAACAUGGUUUUGAAUUUACAGUUAGAUGCCAUCAGAGUUGAUGCAAAAACCCACUAACUGCAGGCAUGGCUUCCAGUGAUCUGUGUAGUGUUGUAGUCGGGCCUCUAUUAUCUAGAGCAGAGGCCUCAGAUGUGCAUGCUGUAUGGCAGGCUUGGGCUGUGUCGUUAAUAUUGUGGAGCAGUAGAAACAGGGACUGUGUGUCUGUGCAUGUGAACCGUAUACUAUGACUCUGACGAUCCCACUCAUUCAUAGAGGAGGACAAAAAUGCACCUAACACCCCCCCCCACCCCACACACACUCAUCCCGAGUAGACCAAGUUGCCCUUAGACACCGAUCUUAGCCCAAUGUAGCACUUCUCUCCUGAUGUUUGGAGGUUAGGACUCAAAGAGCUGCCAGCAGAUCCGUGUCUAACUGCAACUCCUCUCUGUUGCCUCGCUCAUGGCAUGAUCAUAUGAUGUGAGAGGCCGGCAUGGGCUCGAGGAUGCAGUGCCUGAGGUCUUGCCAUCGGAGUGAAUCAAAUCUGACAUUUGUAUUACCUAUUACCAGAACCUUAUUGCCUAUCAAACAAGCACAUGUGAUUUCUAUAUACAGUGAAUCGCCUCUGUUGUUUUAUCGGCUCCUUUUCAUUUCAAUAUAAGUUGCUCCCACUGUUAUGAUUACAAGACUAUGUCUGGUGUUACAGGGGAAAUACAAACUAGUUUGCCUGUGAUAUGUGCUAGAAUGUGUAUGAUUGUCCCCCACCCGCCUCCCCCUCAUGGUUGUGGUGUAUGGUAUUGCUAGAACAACUGUGAGACGUUCAGUGAUAGAAGCCGUUUUUCUCUAUAUCAUGCAUGAACCAUGUCGGCGUAGUUCACUUGAAGGAGGGUGAAAGGGAGAAAAAGCCAUCCAUUUGAAAAAUACCAAACAAUUGUUCUUAACAUAAAUUCUUAUUUUCAAUCGUCUUUUUCUGCCAUUUUUCUUUUUCUUCUUGGUUUUAUUAUUUUUUUUUUUGCUCACAUGCCAAUUUGGACAUGGUACUAAUAUGCCGAGUCCUUGUCCAUUUUAACCAUAGUGAAGAAAAAGCUGCAAUGCUGCAAAAACAUAUUUAUUGUUGUUAUAAUGUAGCUUGUGUUUUGUAAAUGCACUAUAAUAUGGAGUUGCCUAAUUUUUUUGGUUUGGUGGUGUGGGUUCUUGUCCUAGAUUUUGUGUUUCUUUUCAUGCUUCCUUGUGUAUUAUUGGAGGGUAACUUGACUGUUUGUAUUGCGUUUGUUUUUUUUCUUUUCGUAUGAAACCUCCAUCCAAAAAACUACAGAUGGAUGAAAAUGGAGGUUUUGCUAGUUCACAUAGAAUGCUGUGAUUUAAAGAUGCCUUAAGUAUUUAACAAUCAUUAUUUAUUACUAACUGUAGCUAGCUAGCUAUCGUGGUGGAAUAUUUAAUGUGUCUAUCUCAUAACUUUGCAAUUUAAUCAAUAUAUUUAUUUAAAAUAACACAAAAUAUAUAAAAAAAAAAAAGAAUACCUCAUUAUGCAUUGGUCGGUGGGGAUGCUUUUGCAUGCCGUCUGUGUUUUCUUUUUCAAAGGGAAAAAAAAAAGAAACCUGUUGAAAAAUUGACUGGGGGUGUUUACCCAACACAUUUUCUAGCCAGCAUGGUGCUGUUGAUCUGGAUUACAUUCCAUUCAUGUCACCUCUUGAUUUGACUAUUAAAUCUCUUCAUUUAUUUAACACCACCCCCGCUUUGAUCUGAAGCAGAUUACUGGGUACAGCCCGUUUUCUUUGUCUUAGUAUGGCUCCACAAUUAGCUUGCUUUUGUUAUAGGAUACUGCUUCGUUUCCCAUAAUCAGUCUUAUUUGAUUUCAUUUGAGAUAUUCCUUUUAUUUUGAUCAUGUUCAUGAUUAUUCCAUCAUAUCUGGAUCUCAAUUUUGCGCGUAUUAUUUUAGGAACCACAUAUUGAGCUCUAUUAUUUGUCCUUAUGUAUUGCUGGCAAACGCUUUGUGUGGGAUUUUGGGAAGUAUCUAACAUGCUAACUUGAGCCAUUGGUCUUAUUGAGCAAAUUUCUGGUGUACUGUGGUGAUACAAUAUAGAUAACGUGUUUCACACCUGGGUAUAAUAAGCUAACAACGUUUUCGGUGUGCAUUUCUUAUUAAUACUCUACUAAUCCUGCAAAUUAUUAUAACGUGUAUUGGAUUGGAAACAAAGCUGGCUGGUCUUAUUAUAAUUUCCAUUUCGUGCUCUCACUGGCCUUACCCCAUGUCCUCCACAGUGUACCCCAUCACUCCAGAGCGACCUGGACAGUAGCCAUAGUAUUAACUCAAGCUGAUGAACCGGAAUGAACAGUAGAACUUAAAGCACAAGCUUUUUAAUGCAUGUCCUUCUCAGGUUUUCCUAUGUGUAUGUGGGAGUAGCUCUGUAGAUGUGUUUAUUAUGAUGCUGUACCUUCUUGAAUAUUUCUGAUGUUUCUUUGCUGCUGAAAAAAUGUUGAUUAUUAACCUGCCAGUGAAAAAGGGAAGUGGCCAUCUUUGUACAACACACUGCUGUUUUGCUGUAACCGCGCAAUGUUUUAUGAUCUUGAGUAUUUUAUAGAAAAGUAGAAGUAUGUAUCAAUAAUAUGAAAGCAAUAGCUAAAUCAUAAUGAAGAAUAACAUGAUCAGUGAAUAUUGUGGAAAAUCUUUAGAUUCACUCUGGGUGGAUUUUGUACUGUAUUUAUUACUAAUGAUGAUGCAAAAAGUUGCAUAGCUUAACCCAAACUGUUCUGUCUCUUUUUUAUUUAUUGUCUUGUAUAUGAUCUUUUUGUAUGUGUUUUUCAAAUAAACUGCCUAAAAUGCUGAGAA